CGAAGCACGCAAUAAGUUCAUAUUAAACAGGAUACCCUUUACGCAAUAGUCUGUUUUCGGGAAUGAAAGUUUCAUGAAUUUUGUUUUGCUACCCGAGUAGUAAGUUUCAGUAGUAACAACGCCGAAACCAAACCUGCAGCAGACAGACUGAACCUGCAAAUAAGGGUAAAGCUGCAGACAAAGUUUUCAGUUGUGAAUUUUGUUUUGAAGUUGACGUGGGUUUCUCUGAUUCGACAAGUUAAAUGCUUAGCAAGUGACUCUGGAAUCUCCAUUGAUAAUUCAUUAUAAUGGACCAAUAUCAAGGGAAAUAUAACACUAAAAGCACCUCUGUGAAAAGACUUAUGCGAGAAGCCACAGAACUGCAGGAAGCUACGGAAGAUUAUUCUGCCCAUCCAUUGGACGAAAACCUGUUUGAAUGGCAUUUUACAAUCAGAGGUCCUCCUGACUCUGACUUUGCUGAGGGUGUGUACCAUGGCCGCAUUCUUCUUCCCGCCGAGUACCCAAUGAAACCACCCAACAUCAUUCUGCUUACGCCCAAUGGUCGGUUUGAAGUGAAUAAGAAAAUUUGCUUGAGCAUAUCUGGGCACCACCCAGAAACAUGGCAACCAUCAUGGUCGAUAAGAACAGCCCUAUUGGCUCUAAUCGCAUUUAUGCCAACCCCUGGUAUAGGAACGAUUGGUUCCCUUGAUUUCACACCAGAAGAGAGGAAGAAACUAGCAGCCAAGUCUCAGUCUUACGUUUGCCCAGAAUGUGGAAAAAUUACAGAUGAGCUUGCCACAGGAGUGUCUAAACCUGCCACGGAGGAGGAGAAAUCUUUGAUAGAUUGUGUUGCAUUCAAGGCAGAGGAAGUGCAGGAACCAAAUAAUAGUGGAGAGACUGAAGGUGAAACGACUGUCCCAGAGGACACUUCCCUGCCUUCUCUGAGACAAAGAGCAUCUGCACUGCACUCGCCUCUGGAGACUGCUGGAGCUAAUGUUUUGGAUGGAGCAAGCACCUCUGUCAAUUCAGGGAAUUUUCAAGCCCCUGCUCAUACUGCCAACAUUAGUAUUUUGGACCAACACAGGAGUCUUAUUAUAAUGAUAGUAGUGAUGGCAAUUGGUCUACUAGUUCUACGUAGGCUCAUUUUGAUAUAAAUUGGUGAUGAUACUUUUGUUUCCUUUUAUUUGUGAUUUGCAUGUUCUCCAUCUAUUCAUUUUGGUUUCUCAUUUAUGUUUGUUCAUUAGUGUGUAAGUCAUCUUCUAUGCUUUGGAAAAAAGCUGUACAUUUUCUCCUUGUAAGUUGCAAGCUUCAGCAUCUGCUGCUUUUCUGUUCUAAUUGACAGCAGCAAGGACCCCUGCAGCCCCAUACACUGCAAGGUAGAAUGCUUAAAACCAAAGAUGUUAUUGAAAAAAUUGUAUCAAAUUUCUAGCUUGCAUUCCCACUAUCAUGCACCUGCAGGGUCUAUGCAAGAGUUUCUUGACUUUUUAUAAAUUUCAAAUUUGCAUGAACUCUAACGAGACCCAUUGUUUUCCUACAACAUUAAGAUUAGUAGAUUUUUUCUUCAAGAAGAAAGGUGAGAAAAGCCAGGAAACACAGUUUUCUUUUCUUAAUUUUUUGUUCGUUGGCAAUGAAGUUAAGUUUUUCUUUACUGUGUUUACAGUGAUAUUUGAGCCAUGAGAUUAGGGCUAAUUAGCCCUAAUCUCAUGUUUGAGCUUUGAUGCUUAGCUAUGCAUUUGUUUAAAAUGUACUGUAUGUCCACAUAAGUGUCCUAAAUGACUGUGAAUGUUAUGAGAGCCAAAUCCUUUUGAGGUAUUGUUUAUUGGGGUUCUGCGCUGUAAUCUUCUUGCUAAUGUAUUGUUUACCCAUAAAUUGUUUAUGAUUCCAAUUGUAUGUAUGUCUCGUACAAGAAAGUUACCCAGUUGUGUACAUUGUGUAGUACCUUACAUUUCACAUUUGUGAAAAAUUAUAAGUUAAAUGUAUAUCUGUAGUGGUUUAUUGAAGUUUGAAAAAGAAUGAAGUCUGUUAAUAAGUUUAUUAUCCCUGUCUUGGGACUUGUUGUUGACUUGAAAUGUUAAAAAGUUAUUCUAUUCUAUGUUAAUGAGCCCUUGCAGUUUUUCAUUUAUUUCUGUAUUCCAGAAAGUUUUUGAAACCUUGUACAGUUAAAUCAGUCCUACUUUGUCCAAAAAUAAAUCAUAUUGAUAAAUAAACUCCACAAAGCAUUGGCUCAAAA